CCCGCCCCUCCCCCGGCCCGGGGGACGGCGGCCCCUGGCGCGAGGUCCGUCGCUCACCGCGCGCAGGAGGCGGCGGGGGGGCUCGCGCGGCCGUUGGGGCGGGCGGGGGCCGCGCAUGGCCGGGGCGGAGGCGACGGUGAUGCGGCACUGAGGCCCGCCCCGCCCCUCCCCUCCCGUCCCUCCCUCCGUCCCUCCCUGGGCCCGGCGCCUCGGCUCCCCCUCCGCCCCCGCCCCAGCCCGGCAGCCGCGCAGCCGGGGCCCGGCGGGGAGCGCCGAGCUCCAUGGGCAACACCGUCACCUGCUGCGUAUCCCCGGACGCCAGCCCCAAGCUCAGCCGGGCCCGCGGCGGCGGCGGGGCAGCGCCGGGGCCCGACCGCUGGGUAGACGCGUACCAGGCGGCGGCGGCGGCGGGCGGCGGCGGCUCGGGAUCGGCGGAGGCCGAGUCGGGGGACUCGGAUCCCGGCGGCGGCGGCCCCCACCUCCAGCACAUCAGCGACCGGGAGUUCCCGGAUGAUUUAGCCUUGGAAUCUAAUCCAUCUGAUCAUCCCAGAGCAAGCACAAUUUUCCUAAGCAAGUCUCAGACAGAUGUGCGAGAGAAGAGGAAGAGUAACCACAUCAAUCAUGUUUCUCCUGGGCAGCUUACGAAAAAAUACAGCUCAUGCUCAACAAUAUUUAUAGAUGACAGCACUGUCAGUCAACCUAACCUUAGAAGCACAAUAAAGUGUGUAACAUUAGCAAUAUUCUACCAUAUAAAGAACAGAGAUUCUGACAGAUCAUUGGAUAUUUUUGAUGAAAAAUCUCAUCCUCUCACACGGGAGGAAGUUCCAGAUGACUACUACAAGCAUGACCCUGAUCACAAGCACAUCUACCGGUUUGUUCGGACGCUUUUCAGUGCUGCACAGCUGACAGCUGAAUGUGCAAUAGUGACACUGGUUUAUUUGGAAAGGCUUUUAACCUAUGCAGAGAUUGACAUAUGCCCUAGUAACUGGAAGAGGAUAGUCCUAGGAGCUAUUCUGCUGGCUUCUAAAGUCUGGGAUGAUCAGGCUGUGUGGAAUGUGGAUUAUUGCCAAAUAUUGAAGGACAUUACUGUUGAGGACAUGAACGAGAUGGAAAGACACUUCUUGGAGCUACUGCAGUUUAAUAUCAAUGUUCCUGCCAGUGUUUACGCCAAAUACUACUUCGAUCUUCGCUCCCUAGCAGAUGACAAUAACCUGAGCUUUCUGCUGGAGCCUCUCAGUAAAGAGAGAGCACAGAAACUGGAGGCUAUCUCCCGACUGUGUGAAGACAAAUACAAAGACUUGUCAAAAGCUGCUAUGAGACGAUCUUUCAGUGCUGAUAACUUAGUUGGUAUCCGCCGUUCUAAUGCCAUCCUCUCCUGAGGAGAGAGAAGGUUGCAGCACCAUGAACCAGCAUCCAUAUGAACCGGAGGAAUACCACCACUCCAUGCACACAUGCCAGCGGUGAUGGUGUCUUCCAGCAAGAGGAGGAAAGGAGGGUAAACUAGCCAAGGGAGCCCAGAGCUUGAGGAGCAUACUUGGUGCAAAAGACAAGACCUUUGUCAAAUCAACUCUCUCCUCCUUCUAAUGUAUCCAGAGGUGCAAAAAGAAACUUCCCCCCUUCUCUCCCCCACAGAUGUUUGCUUACUAUGUAGGCCUAUAGCUGUGAACUCUCGAGGUUUUUAAUAAUAAGUAGUUUUAAAUUUUAGAAUUUAAACACUAACCACAUGACUAUAGUUACAAUGUUCCUCCCUCCUCUCCCUUGUCAUCCAGAGUCUCCCUGCAUUUGUAUUUCAGGUCAAUGCAGUGUUAACAAAAACAAAACAAAACAUGGGACUCUCAAAGUAUAAAGCCACUCUGGAGCUGAAAACAGUAGCAUAGACACGUGUUGACAGCUUUUCCCUGGUUUGGCUACUAAAAGCUGCUAUUAUUGGUGAUCUGUUCAUAACCAAGAAGCUGCCCAGCAGGAAGGAAUUCUAACUCUGCACCCACAGCUUCACUCCAGUAGAGAUUGUCAAAAGACUUUGAAUGUUCUGACUGGGGGCAGAGAUAUGGUUUUAUGUAUUGUUAAAAUGUAUAGGGUCCAUGCUGCAUUUCUUGUGAAUUAUGGUGCUUCUCUCUCAUUUUCUAAUACUUAUGUUGCUCUGGAAGAGAUGCAAUCUGUAUAUUUUUCUGAGGCAUUGAUUGAGAAAGUUGGUCUGGAAACAUCAUCACCAUCCCAAACAGUGUAGCAAUCCAGUGGUGAAUGGUGUGUGUGCAGCACUGCUUCUCUGAGUUCUACUGCGGAUCUCUUGUGCUAUAUACAGUGGAGUUCCUAAAGCUGAUAUUGUGUAUCCAUCUGGCUCUCCUUGGGUUUUUGUUUCCUGGGAGGGAUUUACAUUCAUAAUGAGACAGUAAUGAGUUUGAGAGAAUCCUGGACUACCUAACAAGGUAGACUGAAAAAUAUUGUUCAACUGAGAAUUAUCAAAAAGCUUUCUAUAAAAACAUUUUUUAAUACACACCCCACCCCGAAGUGAAUUUUAUCUUGUGCAACUGCUCUAGAGGCUUGGGUUUUGCUCUUUCUGAGAACUUGGAAUGGAGCUUACUUUCAGGCUCUGAAACUGAACUCUAAACAGGAUAAGUAUUAUUAGACUCUUCCUGUUACAAGUCUUUGUAGUAUCUUCCCUUCUUGGAUCCAAAUAGAUUCUAGGCAGUUUGUCCUAGGAGCAGAUCUCCCCCCGAAUGGCACAGGUUUUGUGCACUUCCUCUUCCAGCCAAGGCCCAGAAACUUAAACUGAACAGCAAGUCUAUAUGCCUUUGAGAGUGGGGCUGUCUGAGUGCAAUCAUCAGUUUGGCUGCACUCAACUGUUAAAAUGAUGAAUAUAGUCUUUUGCAGUAUGCAAAUAUGCCAGCCCCUGCCUCCCAAAUCUGUGGAACUUGGCACUUCAGGUAUUGAUCACGACUCAAUUUUGAAAAUAACGCUACAUCUUCAGGUGGUUUUCCUUUCUCAUGUUUGUAUUAAAAGAAAAGCUAAUAAACUCUAUUUUAAUUAAA